CAUGGAUCUGCAGUAAUAUGUGAGCUUCACGUCCAUCGGUGGUCGAAAAUGAAUGUCUGGUCCGGUGCCAUCUCGCUGGACGGCGGGGUCCACCUCCGAGGCCUCCAAUUGAUUGAUCGAUCAUCGAACUGGCAAUCGGACUUUGCCAGCGACUCCACGCUCAGUCUUCGCUCCUUCGUGAACCCGGCCCUCAUCCCCCUCUACGCACGAUGUGGCCCGAACCUGGAAUUCCAUACGAGUGACGCGGAAGCCGCGCAAUGGCUGAAGGACAAGCUGACGGGCACCAUCUGGCUGGAAGAGGAUGAACCGGACCGUCUUCAGACGCUGCAAUGCCCUGUUGGACUUCUGUUGGGUGUUGGUAACGAUGGGCAGGCCACAGUCCCCGGAUCUCACACGACCGACUUGUUGGUCCAUGGGAUACUGUCAACCACUACGUCGAUCGAGCGACCUCCCACGCCGCCGGUCUCGUCGCCCGAGUUGGAAAAUCAGCUGGCCCCCGUCACUAGGCAGGAACUGAAGAUAUAUGCCACGCCACUUUCUGCGUCUCUCAUCGCCAAAGCCCAAUCCCUUCCCUUCCCACCAGACUCCGACGAGCCCACCGGCCAUGGACAGUUCGCUCAGUUCCUUCCGGACAUGCGCUCGCCGAGUCCCAAGCGCAAGCGGGUCGCGACGCUCUUCGAAUCCGUGGCGCAGCAUCACAAGAGAGUACGACAGAGGGGAGGAGAGGCCGUGUCGCAGCUGAUGGCGUGCUCUCUCUCGCAGUCCUCCCAACAAUUACAAAGCCUCCGGGUCAAGCGCGAGUCGGAGGAGCCGUCUCUGCCCCAGCUGGACCGGAUCGUUUCGCAACGGUCCCGGUCCCUCUCCGUGGGAACGAACUUCAACGCCAACCUCCUGGAAUCUCGGUCAGAACAGACGCGGCCCAGCAGCCGACGGGGCUACGUGCGCGAACCGACUUCCAAGAGGAGUACGCCAAACCCUUUUAUCGAAUCUUCGUUACGGCGGGAGACCGAGCUGUCCCCGUCAUUGCCACCCGAUAGUAAGCCCGAGUCACCAGCAACGCCACAGGACGCGGAAGUCAUCAUCUCGGAAAACAAAAACACCAUCACUCGGACCAUCUUAACCUGCAUGCGUUUGUAUGGUUUCAACCGGACAACGACGCGCUCUUCCGGCUCUAGGCCGCAAACUGGGACGAGUAACCAUGACAUAGUCCCUGGUACCGGCGAGGACAAGGAUCCGCGCAUGGCCAUGGCCGACGCAUCCAAUUCGGAAGAGGAUGAGUUCAAGACCAUGUACCAUGCGACCUAUCGCGCAUCCACGUUUGCGUUGCGGAAGUAUUUGAAGGAGCCAUCUGCGGGCGAAGACGGCUCGCGGAACAUGCCGCUUCUGCUGGAGAAGGGCAAAGCAAUGACUUAUAUUGACGAGUUCUUGAGGCUUUUCUGCGAGGAAAACUGA